CGCCGCCCGGAGCCGGUGCGGCUGUGAGGGGCUGUGUGUCGCCGCCGCCGGCCGGCCGGGCAUGGUGUUGGGUGCCGGGCCCGCCUCGCCUGUCUCGGGGUGUCCAGGGUAAAGGCAGCAGUAAUGCUGACGCUGGCAAGCAAACUGAAGCGGGAGGACGGUCUCAAAGGGUCCCGGACGUCAGCCACGGCCUCCGACUCCACUCGGAGAGUGUCUGUGAGAGACAGGCUGCUUGUUAAAGAGGUUGCGGAGCUUGAAGCUAAUUUACCGUGUACAUGUAAGGUGCAUUUUCCUGAUCCAAACAAGCUACAUUGCUUUCAGCUAACUGUAACCCCAGAUGAGGGUUACUACCAGGGUGGAAAAUUUCAGUUUGAAACUGAAGUUCCUGAUGCAUACAACAUGGUGCCUCCCAAAGUGAAAUGCCUGACCAGGAUCUGGCACCCCAACAUCACAGAGACAGGCGAAAUAUGUCUAAGUUUACUGAGAGAACAUUCGAUUGACGGCACUGGCUGGGCUCCCACAAGGACAUUAAAGGAUGUUGUUUGGGGAUUAAACUCUUUGUUUACUGAUCUUUUGAAUUUUGAUGAUCCACUGAAUAUUGAGGCUGCAGAACAUCAUUUGAGGGACAAGGAGGACUUCCGGAAUAAAGUGGAAGACUACAUGAAGCGUUAUGCCAGAUGAUAGGAGGAGGAGACAGUGGGGCUGUGGACUGUGUGUUGUAGGCUUGUCUCCAACCUCAACCAAGAGGGAGCUCCCCCUCCCCAGUCCUCGUGCUCCCCUCAGACCCACAGGGUCAUCCACAUCCUGUGACCAUGCUGUCCCGAGGAAGAACCUCUUCACGACUGCCCAUUGUAGAUGGAGAGUCCCACAUAAAUACAGCAAGAAAAUGUGUUUGGGGUUCUAAAGAGUUGUCUGCUUCCCUUAACAUGUUUACUUUUUGGAAACUGUACUGUAUAGGCUAUUGAUGAGAUUCCUGAAAAGUUGUAACGAACUCAGAAUUGAGGCUAGCGCUUGCUUCUCCCCCUUUUCCCAAAGUCCUUCCCUGCACAAGUGAUGCUGAUGAUGUGCUCAGUGUAGCUCGCAGAGGGGAAAUAAGAAACCCGCUACAUACUGUGAUUGGAUGCACAUUCUCUUAGCUCCUCCCACGGAUGUUGGCCCUGCCUAGAUGUUGUGAAGCUUCCCAGAAUGCAUAGUCAUUCACUGUAGAUCUCUUACUGAAAUGCGUAUUUUAUUUAAUGUAAGUAUAUUUUGGAACAGA